AUUUGUGUUUUGUUUACUAGUUAAAAAUGGUGUUAUUUGGUCGAUAAAGUUGUCGAUUUCGUUUCUUUUUUAGUAGAGCAUUUAAUAAAGUCAAGUCAUGGACAAGGAAAAGAUCAAGGCCAUGAUCGAAUGGGUCAAUGCCCUGAACGUUUGUGAAAUUCCGGUUACAUCAUUGAAAGACUUCCACGAUGGGAAAAACUUCCUCCGCGUAUUGAAAGCUGUCUGUAAGGAAGAUCGUGAAAGUGAAACAGACACGGCAUUGGGCAGGUUCUGCAUAAUAGAGGAGUUCUUACAAGGAUUUUACCAGUCGUCAGAAGCCCUGUCGGAGAAUGUGGAUCUGGAAUCAGUCACUCAUGGCAAUGAAAUUGAAACAGCCAAGGUUCUUGUUCUUCUCUUGGCUGCAGCAGUCCAAAACCAGGACCGAGAGCAUUUUGUUGAGACCGCCAUGAGUCUGUCGCUCGGUCUACAAGCUGAGAUCAAAGAACUACUGGAACCACUUCUGAUGACAGAAGGUCAGACAGUUCCACGUGUCCCUGAAGACCUCUCAACGAUUUUGAUGAUGAAACGUAAAUCUGAGCAUUCCCCAACUCGUCAUCAGCGAUCCGUUGUAAGGGCUUUGAUGCAGUCCCCAGGAGUCGCAGGAUGCUUCACCAACUCGCCGCUCACCCCAAUCAAAGUUCUUAUCCAGUCACCUCAGAUGGCGUACAAGUUGCGGAUACGCGAGACAGAGAAGAAAAAUAAGAACCUGGAAAAGGAUUUGUCGGAAGAACGCCAUCUGAAAUCUGAGUUAGAAUGGGUUCUUCAAGAGAAGAAGAAUGAAAUAAAGAAUCAAGAGAAAAAGAUUCGUGACCUCGAAAGGAAGGCACAAGAGCAUAAACAUUUCCUUGACCAGUUGGACGAAAUGGGCAUUUUGAAAGAAGACAAAGACAGGCUUGAGGCCGAAUGCUCGCGGCUGCGGACAAAGCUUCAGGAGUAUCAACACAGUAGACAAAUGCUGACGAGAGUUGAGGCUGAAAACAAAGAGCUUUACACCACUGUCCAUGAUCUUAAAAACCAGCUGAAAGCGAGAGAUUCUGCAAAAGGAGAGAGUGUUUCCCUGAAAGCACGUAACAGAUACCUAGAAGAAAAAAACGUAGAGCAGGAACUGGAGCUGUCGCGUGUGACAGAUCUCAAGAAUCAGGUCACAGAGCUGCUUAAAAAUGAACGUGCUGAACUGGAGAAAGUUCGGGAAAUUAACCGAGAAAAGAUCAAGGAAAUGCGUGAACAGUUUGAAAUGAAGGAAGCGAAUGGACCCUGCGGUGAGACCAUGGCUGUUGUGACACAGAAAAAAGUGUUUGAGCUGGAAUCGGAGAUCAUGGAACUGAGGUCAAACCUCAUCGAUCCCAUUGUUCAUAAAAAACUUGAGGAAAAGUUGAAAUUGGUCAACGAGGGGAAACAGAAUGCUGAGAGUGCCUUGGUCGACUCUAAGAGUAAGAUUCUCAGCCUCGAGGCUCAACUCUCCACCAUCCAAAGCCAUUGUACGGAAAACCAAGAGCAGAUAGAUAACCUGACUUUAGCGAAAAGGGCGGUAUCUGACCGUGCAGACGCCCAAGAAGGUCUCAUACUGCGCCUGAAAGAACAAGAAGCCAAACUGGUCCAGACUCAAAAAUCCCUGGAGACAGAGAAAGGACGGUUGAAAGAUUCAUGCGAUUCCCUGGAAGCGGAGUUGUCCAGUGUUUGUGAUGCAUUGAAACUUGUGACAAAGGAACGUGAUUGCGAGCAAAGUAACUGUGAGACUCUCCGUGAAACGUUGAGGAAAACGUUAGAAGACAGCCAAGAGAAGAGAAAGAGUCUUGAGAAGAAUCACCACGAGGCCGAAGACAAAAUGAACGCCAAGAUUCAACAGCUACAGAGCGAGCUGCUCUCCAUUCAAGAAAAGAAGUACAGCGUUGAACAAGAACUUAGCGAUAAACUCACCACAGAGAGUGAGGUAUCCAAGAAGCUUGAGAGGAAUGUGGAAGAGUUGGCCGUACAGUUCCAGGACAUCUGUUUCCAGAGGAGCAAGUUGUUGAACGAAGUUGAUGAACUGAAGCAAGAAAAAGCAAAGGAGGAGGAAGCUAACGUCUGCUUAGGGAAGGAGUUGGCUGCUGUGAAAGUUGAUUUGGGGGUUGCGAAUGAGGAACGCGAGAAGUUUCAGAGUUCGUUGCAGGAGGUUGGAUUACUUAAAUCCAAUCUGGAAUCCAAGCUAGAGAUGGUAGAAGGUGAGUUAGAGCAGGAACAGAAGUACACAUCCGAGUUGAGGGAACGGCUUUCGACACUACAAGCAGACGUGUCGGAGUCAGAGAAGGAGAAAAAUAACCUAGCAGUGCGUAUUGAACAGGCUACAGCAGACAUGGCCAGUCUGAGGACCGAGAAAGUUGAGCUGGAGCUUGAGUUCAGACAAGCUCAUGAUACGACAGUGAAGUUGAAAGAUCGCCUGAGUUCGCAGAAGGAGAGUAUGAGGAACCGCGAGGAGGAAUUCAAGAAGGACUUGAUGGGGUACGAAACAGCAAUCUCACAGAUCAAGUCUUCCUUCGAGAAGGAGAUCCAGAGCAUGAAGAAAUGUCACGAUGAUCUAUACGAGGAGAGACGGAUGGAAGUCGAGGGUUAUAAAUCCGAAAUGGCAGAGGUGCAGGAUAAACUUGUUAUUUCAGAGAAACGUAACUCACUUUUGGAUGAGAAGUGGACAGAGGCACUGAACAUGGUGGCCAAGCUUGAGACAGAUAUUGAAGAGUCACAGAUGGAGUAUGCCAAACAACUAGAAGCCAAGGAGAGAGAGAUUGUUGGGCAGAAGGCUAGGGUGACUGAAAUUGAGACAGUUAUGGGCGAAAGUGUGUCUAAUCUCGAGCUGAAGCUGAAAAAUCUGGAGUUGGACUCUUCAAAGAGAGUUGCGGAGUUGGAAGAGAAGUUGAGUGUUGCUGAAACUGAGAUGGAGAAGGUUGAAGAAGACCUUGAAGUUGCCACAAAGGAUGCAGAAAGUAUCACCAGGAAGAAGGAUGAUUUGGAGCAGAUGUUAAAAACUCUGGAGGCUGAUUCGUCGGUGAAAGUCGCUGAAUUGGUAGAGAAGCUGAACAUGGCUGACACUGAGAUUGCAAGGAUGAGAGACGAACACGAAGUUGCCAUUGCAGAGGUUGAGACUGCCAAGGAUAGUCUUGUGCAGAUGCUGAAGAGACUGGAGUCUAUUUCGGCUGUAAAAGUCGCAGAGUUAGAAGAGAAAGUAAGCAUGGCUGACAGGGAGAUUGAAGAUCUCAAAGAACAACAUGUAGUCACUGUCACAGAGGCAGAGGGUGUUCUCAAACAGAAGGAUGAUCUUGAGCAGAUGUUAAAAAAUCUUGAGUAUGAGUCAUCAGAAAGAGUUGCUGAAAUUGAGGAGAAAUUGAACAAUGCUGUCACUGACAUGGAGCAGUUGAAAGAACAACAUCAACUUUCCAUCACUGAAGUGGAGGCUGUCAUCAGAGAGAAGGAGUCUAUUAUUGAUGAGGAGAAAGCUAGAUCUUCGCAGCUCCAAGAAGAAGUUGAAAACUUCAGAACCCAGCUGAUGCAGAUCUCCCAUCAGACAGAUGACCUGAAGCAGAUUAUGAGUGUGUCGGAGACGACACUGGCAGAGAUCCGUGAUGAGCUUGAAGAUAAGAAGAAGACCAUUGCAUCACAAGAUGCAGAGAUCUGUGAGGAGAAGAGACGCUGUUCGGAUCUUGAGAAGGAGCUGUCCGAUGUAAAGAAUGAGAUGACAGAGCAAGUCUACGUCAAGGAUAUCGAAGUCGCCAACGAGAAGGUGAGAUGUCUGCACUUGACUGAAGACAUGGAAAAGAUACAGAGUGAGUUAGAUGUGGCAGAACAGGACAUCUUGUCCAAGGAACAGAGAUGCCAAGAGGUUGAGGAAUAUCUUCAGACGGUCGAAAAGAAAUUGGUCAGAGUCGAGGAAGAGAUGUCAGGUAAGGAAACAGUGGCAUCAGAACAGAUACGUCAGCUCCAGCAAUCAUUGCAGGCAGUCGAGAGUGGUUCUGAAGAGUCGAUGAAACAUGUGGUGGAGUUGCAGCAGGCAAGGACUAACUUGGAGCAGACGGUAGCUGAUUUGAGGCAACAGAUGGCAGAUGCUGUUGAAGAGGCAAAGAGUAGUAUCGAAGAUAGGGAGGAACAGAUCCAGAAGAUGCAGUCGGAUAUUGAACUGAAAGAUGUUGCUUUUACUGAGAUGGUGGAAGCAAAACAAGGUGCUGAGGUGAGGUUUGCUGUGGAGAUAGAAGAGCUCAAGAUAAAAGCAGAUGCGGAUGUUGCAGGGCUAGAGAAGAAGCUGGAAGAGGUCCAGUGUGUCUUGGAGUCAAAGAUUGCAGAGCUUGGAGAAGUUAGGUCAACGCAGGAGCAAGCUGAAGUGCAGAUGGAAACCUUACGAAAGGAACUUGUUGAACUGCAAACAAAGUCAGAGGAGAAGAUCUCGGAACUCGAGCAGAAGGAAGAAGAACAAAAUGUUCAUUUUAACGAACAGACCUUGAAAGAAAAAGAGUUGAAAGAUGCAUACGAUGUUGCUGAAGGAACUGUUGCUGAGCUGAAGGAAAAGUUGGCAAAAGUAGCAGACGAGAUGGUAGCAGCAGACGCACGAGAAAAAGACCUGAUUGAAAAAUUUUCACAGGAAGAAGAGGAACGUGAAGCCCAGGGAGAGGAGGUUGAAGUCCUAAUGCAGCAGAUUGGAAAGUUGAGAAUGGAGGUAGAGACUGGUGAGGCUGCAAUCAUUAAAAAGGAUACAUGCCUUGCAGAGAAGCUUAAGGAAUUGGAGAUUCUGAGCAGCAGACGACAGGAGUUGGAGGAGGCUCUGGUUGAGAAAGAUAAGCGGAUCGAAUUGUUUGUGGAAGAGAGUGAGGCAAAGGAGAAAGAACUAAUGAAGGAGAAAGUUGAAUUGGAAAGUGCUGUGUCGGAUUUGAAAAUGGCAUUGCAGAGUGUUGUUGCAUCACAGGAGGAAGAACUGAAAGUUAAAUGUGAGGAGGUGAAGGGUCUGAUGCAGAAGAUCAAUGAUUUGGAUGAGGCCUUUGAAGAGCAGAAGAACAAGGUCGAAGUGUUAGAAACAGACAUUGAGGAUAAAGAUGAGGAGAUUGAAAAGAUAGAGCUAAAUGCAUACGAGAUACAGGAAACGAUGGAUGAGCAAAGCCUGGAGAUUGAAGAACUCAAAGAGACGAUAACUUCUAAUUUAACAGGGAAACUGUUAAACGAGCAAGCACUGACUGAGAUGAAACAGCGACUUGCAGAAACAGAGGAGCGUGAAUCGGCUGCAAAGGAUGACUUGGAAAAACAGUUACAUUUGCUCUGCGAGAAAGAAAGAGAGUUGACUGAGUUGAACUCUCAGCUGGAGAGUGUCAAGUUAGAAUAUUCAGCGGUGGAGUUGCAGAAGAAACAGGAAGAAGCCAACUUUGAGAAGAAAGUGGCUGCAUUGGAAUCAACCGUUCAAGAACAGCAAGAAACUUUUGCCAAGAAGGAAGCUGAAGUUGAGAAGAAGGUUGCAGAGUUGGAAUCGUCUCAUGAAGAACAUCAGAAACUUGUUGCUGAGAAGGAGGAGUUGGCCAACAAGGAGUUGGAGAGUAAAACACAGCUACAGACAAGGGUGCUACAGCUGCAGUUGGAUCAUGAGUGUGCAAGGAAACAGUAUGCGGAGGUCCAGCAGGCGUGUUCCAAGAGCCAGGAACGGGAGGAGGGCUUCUCUUCUGAGAUCCAGGGCAAUAAACUCAAGUUGGAGGCAAUCAAAAAGCAAAUGAAUCAGCACGAACUAAAGGUUGAACAGUUGACAAAACUGAACGCCAUCCUUGAGAAGAACAAGGCUUCCCUUGCCGCCGAGUUGAGCCAGUCAAAGGACCGAAUUAAACAAGUUGAAGAGCAGUAUGAAGAAAAGAUUGACAUGAUCCAAGAGAGUGUGAAGGAGCAGAUGUCAAGCGAGCGAGGCUUGUUCCAAGAGAGAAUCCAGGAGCUUGAGAGUGAGCUCAAAGAGAAACAGGAGGAGAAUCAGGAAAAUGAAAACAUGUUAUUAAAACGAAAUCACGAAAAGGACAAGCUUGCCCUCGAGCUGCAAUUGAUACAGAAGAAGUUGGAAAGUGCUGAUGUGAAAUAUGAAAACUUGGAAAAGAAAUACAAAACUCAGAUUGAGAGAGAACAGAAAUUGAUCUUGAACAAGGAGCACGAGAUUCGCCUGGCUGCAGAUCUCAACCGAUCCCUGCGAUCACAGCUUGAGAAGGAACAGGAAAAGAAUAAUAGUGAAAUGGACGAGCUUAUGAAACAGGCUGAGUGCAUCUCAACUGAGAAAAACUCCAUCGCUGAUGAAAACACACAACUGACCACAGUACUUCGCAAAGAAAAAGAAGCUGUCACAGAGUUGGAAAAGAAGACUGAGAAACUUAACGAAUACAUCAGCAAGUUGAAGACGGAACGUAAAAAGCUUAUCGAGGAGCAAGAAAAGAGUCAUUCCAUGUAUGACAAGGAGAUUCAUCGUCUUCAAGAUGAACUUGAGAGAGAGAGCGACCUGAAGGAGAAGUUCCUUCAUCGGUAUCAGAAGGAGGAAGGUGAGACCAAGGAGCUGAGGGCGCUGUUGAGUGUUGCCGAGGCAAGAUUGACAGGAAUGAACUCACCAAGUCGAAGUGUGCUAAAAUCGCCCAAUGGGACAUUCAAGUCACCAGAGAUCAGUGCUAUCAAGUCGAUGGGGAAGUCGCCUCGACAUUUUGACGACAGUUUAGACUUCAUGGAUGAUUCGCUCGAGUUUGAAGAGUUGACGGGCAAUCAUAUUGAUCUCGGCAUGAAACCUCGCCACCAUGAUAAGGAAAAUCAGUCACCAAGGAGUCACAACAGCUUGUCACUGUCACUAAGAAGCUCCAUGACGUCAAUGUCCGGCCAUAAUUACUUCUCACCACGAUCUGGACGCCACCGUAGUCCAAGUUUGAAGUCCCUCGGCGGCAAUACUACACUUGGCGCUUCAUUACAUGUACCAUGCGGCAUGGGUUCUUUAUUUUCAUGUGAAGAUGAACCAGACCCAGGCUUUGAAACCGAAUGGGAUCGAUUGAGUGAGCUCAAGAGACGAAACACGCUGUGUUUGCCACACAUGAGGUCAUCGUACCCAGUCGAGACUCAGGCACGGGAACCGAAAAAGAUGGCUGAAGAUCUCAUGAAGUCGUUGCCAAUCCCAACCGAGUCUUGCAGCAAAUAUGACCAGUCAACACGCAGACGCAUGAGCCCGUCCGAACUUUCUGACGAUCUCAUGAAGACCACAGAUCUCACUGACACAGCUUCCUCAAGUGCGAGUAUCUAUAACAGCUGCCAUCGCACAUUGCCGUCCAGUUUCAAAGUGCCACAGUCCGUGCCGAUCAAGGCGGAUCACAAAGCUACCAAGUCAUCUGAUAAACAAAUGAAGAAACCCAGCACAUCGAUAUUUAGUUCCCAUAAAUCCUCCACGACUCCCCAGAAGGAAUCGCGAAGAACGCCGCACAAGAAACACCACAAGACCCCAGGCAGUAGUAAAAAGUCAAAAGGGAUGAAACAAGCUCUCAUUGACGAGAAUAUACAAAAGACCGAUGAUAGGAGAGAAAGCUUGGCGUUCUCCAUCCCGAUCACUCCGAACAAAAAGAAAUCCAAAGGUCUGGCAAAGAAGUUCUCAUCUGAUAAGAAAGAACCACAGUCGCCUAAGAUGAGAAAACCACUCCAUGCGAGGAACUUCCUUUUGUUUGGACAAUGAGGUGGCAUCUUCUCAUCUGAUACGAAUGAUGUGGAUUUCAUGGGGAAGGAAUCUCAUUCUUAAGGACACUAACCAACUCUUAGUUGAUCUUAGAUUACUCACUCAAUUCAGUUCACAAAACAACUCGUAUUGAAUUGAGUGUUAUGGGUCUGCCCGUGCAUUUAUAAAGAAUGCAUUUGCUCUUCAACACAUGUACUUAUGAUUGCAUGUUGACUGAGAAAUAAGAUGAUAGGUCUGUAAAUCUGCAUUAAUAUUAAGCAUUUUCGCACGUUCUGUACAGCCUUGAGUCUCAAAAGAGUUUUGGAUGAAAUCAUUAUAGAAAUUCGCCUGUAUAGUUGAAUGACCUAGAUAUUGUAGCAUCAUGUAUACUUGUAAUUAUAGUUUUUCUAUGCAGUGUAAUGUUCAUGUAGAGGUACUUUCAGAUCAUUGCAGAAAUUAGGCAAGAUAAGAGGCUGUCCAUUUAAUAUGUACCUGUAUACGCAUUGUUAUAUUGAGAGGGAGUGAACAUUCGUUGUCUAAGGUAUAAACAUAAUGAUAGGUUGGGAGGGGGGGGGGCACCUCUCUUACUGACUAUGAAUGAAUUAGUACUAGAACUACUGGUUUGAUAGCAUUCAAAAAGGGGGUCUGAAAAGUGGAAAAUAUGCAUACAGAAUGGACUUAAGUUUUUUAGUUAGCUUCUUAGUUUCUAAUCUGUAGUAUCAUGUAUAACUCUUGUAAAUAUCACUUUGGCGAGAUGUAGUAUCUUUGUACAUGAAAACACAUUUGUAUAUUUAUUAUACAGUCUUAUUUGUGAGAUGCAUUUUGUACAGUUUGAUCUUUCUGUAUAUAUAUAUUGAAGAAUAUUUGUAAUAAACUUCA